CAUCAUGUGGUCCAGGUACUCGGAUCGUUGGCUUCCACGCGAUUGCCCAGCCCAUGGUGAUAACCGAGGUAGUAUACUCGAUGUUGAUAAUCAAGCGCUAUGUUUCGUGACGUACAGCAGUUGGCUGCUUAACUCCGGACUCGGUGACUCAAUACGUCGCCCAGACUUCAUGACAGGUGAUCAUUCAUAUGUAACUAAAUCCUGCUUCACCGGCCCGGAAUUACGCCAAUCAGUCGUAUCGAAACACCCUGCUCAUUGCAAGGGAGGGUCGGCAAUUCUUUCAUGCACACUGGGUCGAGAUCAUAAAGACGCAGCCACCAAUAGUCAUUAAUGGCCACUGCAGCAGCACCAACGGUUGAAAGGGCAAGGUACACACGAAUGAUUAACGUUGCCCCUCUCUCCAAGGCGGCAGAAUUGUUAUGUAGGUGGUACGUAGAUGCAGGCCAUGAUCACACUAGCUUCCAUGAACCGCAAAAUCCCGGUUUUCUCGUCUGUUGCAUCGUUAUCGUCGUCUUCAUUUUCUCUCAAUUCCAUUUCGAUAGUGCCGCUCUCCACUUCAGCUCCAUCCUUGGGGCCGUUUUGCAGGGGGGUUCGAGGGAGCGCUUGAUUGACCGCAAUAUCGAAAAGAUGCAUUGUGCAUGUGCAUUAGUCCUGCAACGGCUUUCCAGUUCGAUCGCAAGCCCCGCACCAAAUGACGCUGUCACCCUGGUGCUAGGGAUUGUAAAUAACGCAUUCCACACUGUCAAGGUAUCAAUACUUUGCAAAGGAGGGGUUGGUGCUGUAUUCGAAUUCCCCAAGAAAUGCUGUCGUAUUUUGAUGAUGUAGCUGCAGGCGGUGAACUCUAGAGUGCCUGCAUUUCAUCAAAAGAUUAUUUGUCGUACCUUGCGCCGUAGAGCAAGCACGGUAAGUCAAUGUGAGUCCUUCGUUGGCUCCUGAGCUCGGACGUCAGCAGACCAGUUGUCCAAGUCU